AUGUGUUAUAUUGAUAAUUUGGGUGAUUCAAGAGCCGUACUAUUUAGAUAAACUGCAAAAGAGAAACUUGCCAUAGAAUUAUUUUAUGAUCAUAAACCAACAAGACGAGAUGAGAAAGAGAGAAUCAUAAGAUGUGGAGGUAAAAUAGAAAGAUUGAUACAUGAUGGUUAACCUGUAGGGCCUUAUCGUAUUUGGGCAGAUGAUGAAGGUCCAGGUAUUGCUAUGACGAGAACGUAUUGAAAUUAAUAUUAAAUAAAGUGGGGGAUUUAUAAUCAAAGAAAAUAGAUUUAAUAUCAGAGCCAGAGGUUUAACAUAUUGAAUUAACAAAAUAAGAUAAAUUUAUGAUAAUAGGAUCAGAUGGUGUUUGGGAUGUGAUGAGUAAGGCAGAAGUUUGUGGAUUUGUAUUGAAACAUGAGCCUAAAGAGAGUGUUGCUGAGGCAAUAGUAAAUAUAAGUAUUUAGAUAGGUUGCUGAAUGUAGAUCUAGAGGGGAUGAAAUGAAUAAGUAAAAGAAAACGAAUUCUAAGAUUGGAGAUUCGCCAUAUUUGAAAUUUGGUUGUGAUGAUAUUACUGCUGUUAUUGCUUAUUUCACAUUUAUUGAUGAAUUAGAGGAUAAUUAUUUCCAAUAAUAGAGAUAUUGA